CCGUGAGGAGGGGGCGGCCCGGCGGACCCUCGGGCGGCGCCGCGUUCCCUCAAGGGCUGUCGAAGCUCCGGGGCCGGCCAUGGCCGCCGCGCUGCCCUGAGAGGACGUCCGGGCUUUGGGGGCGUUUGCGGGUUUUGGCUUUUUUUUAAAAAAAAAUAUUUUUAUUAUUAUAAUUUUUUUAAUAAUUAUUUUUGAAUUCCUUAGCUCUCUUCCCGUUGUGUUUUGGGGUUUUGCCCCUCACGGCUGGGAGCUCCCCCCCCCCGCCUGCCCGACGUCCCCUUCCCGCAGGGCAUGUCCCGGUCCAACAGCGUCAGCCCCCCGGGCUUCGGCGGCCCCGCGCCCUGGGCGGCCACCGAGCAGCACCGCUCGGCCUGGGGCGAGGCGGAGGCGCGGGCCAAUGGCUACUCCUACCCGCCGCCUCCCAACAGGUCCUCGGGCAAGAAGGCCUCCCGCAUGGCGAGCAGGUGGCGGAGCGAGGAAGACUACGAGCCCCAGGCGAGCCGGAGCCGCGGGGAGAGCGGCUGCAAGAUGAUGAUGAGCUUUAGGUCCAAAUCCGCCUGGCAGGAGCGCGGUGACGAAAGCCGACGUCACCGGUCCCGCCACCCGCCCGGCGGUGAUUCCCCCGCUGCCCCCAACAAUGCCAGCCCCCGGGAGCAGGGGGAGGUACGGCCCCGCUCGGUGGAGUUGGGGUUGGAGGAGAAACGCAUCAAGGCCAAGAUCGAGGAGCUGGAGGAGGAGGACGGGGACGAGGGGGACUCCGAGGUGGCCUUCUCCAUGGGCAGCUGUUGCAGCAGCCUGCUGCAAAUCUUCAGGUCCAAGAAGUUCCAGUCGGAGAAACUGGAGCGCCUCUAUCAGCGCUACUUCUUCCGACUCAACCAGAGCAGCCUCACCAUGCUCAUGGCCGUGCUGGUGCUGGUCUGCGUGGUCAUGCUGAUCUUCCACGCCGUGCACGGCCACUAUGAGGUGUCCUACGUCGUGGUGCUCUCCCUGGCCAUCCUGCUGAUGGUGGUGCUGUGCAUGGUGUGCAACCGCAACGACUUCCACCAGGACCACAUGUGGCUGGCGUGCUACUCUGUCAUCCUGGUCAUCUUGGCUGUGCAGGUGGUAGGGGUUCUGCUGGUGUGGCCCAGGAGCGCCUCAGAAGGCAUCUGGUGGACCGUCUUCUUCAUCUACAGCAUCUACACGCUACUGCCGGUGCGGAUGAGGGCUGCGGUUAUCAGUGGAGUAGUGCUGUCCGCCAUCCACCUGGCCGUCUCCCUCAAGAUCAACGCAGAGGAUAAGUUCCUCCUCAAGCAGCUGGUCUCCAAUGUUCUCAUCUUCUCCUGUACAAACAUUGUAGGCGUGUGUACCCACUACCCAGCAGAGGUGUCAAGACAGGCUUUCCAGGAGACCAGGGAAUGCAUACAAGCCAGGCUGCAUUCUCAAAGGGAAAACCAGCAGCAGGAGCGUCUCCUGCUCUCUGUACUUCCUCGACAUGUUGCCAUGGAGAUGAAAGCUGACAUUAAUGCCAAGCAGGAAGAUAUGAUGUUUCAUAAGAUCUACAUCCAGAAGCAUGACAAUGUCAGCAUCCUCUUUGCAGACAUAGAGGGGUUCACAAGUCUGGCCUCCCAGUGCACUGCUCAGGAGCUGGUCAUGACGCUGAACGAGCUCUUUGCCAGAUUUGAUAAACUAGCAGCUGAGAACCACUGUUUACGUAUCAAGAUCCUGGGUGAUUGCUAUUACUGUGUGUCUGGGUUGCCAGAAGCAAGAGCUGAUCAUGCACACUGCUGUGUUGAAAUGGGAAUGGAUAUGAUAGAGGCCAUCUCAUUAGUCCGGGAGGUGACAGGAGUAAACGUCAACAUGAGGGUUGGAAUCCACAGUGGGAGAGUUCACUGUGGGGUCUUGGGCCUUAGGAAGUGGCAGUUCGAUGUGUGGUCAAAUGACGUUACAUUAGCCAACCACAUGGAAGCAGGGGGCAAAGCUGGGCGCAUCCACAUAACAAAAGCAACCCUGAACUAUCUCAAUGGAGACUACGAGGUGGAGCUGGGCUUUGGAGGGGAACGCAAUGCUUAUCUGAAAGAGCACAGUAUUGAGACCUUCUUGAUUGUACGAUGCAGCCAGAAACGGAAAGAUGAGAAAGCCACGAUAGCCAAGAUGAACCGGCAGCGCACCAACUCCAUCAGCCAUAACCCGCAGCAUUGGGGUGUUGACCGGCCCUUUUACAACCACCUCGGAGCUCACCAGGUCUCCAAGGAGAUGAAAAGAAUGGGUUUUGAGGACCCCAAGGACAAGAAUACACAGGAAAGUAUGAACCCAGAAGAUGAAGUGGAUGAGUUUCUGGGCCGGGCCAUUGAUGCCAGAAGUAUUGAUCGAUUACGCUCUGAGCAUGUGCGCAAGUUUCUCUUAACAUUCAGGGAGCCUGACCUGGAGAAAAAGUACUCCAAGCAGGUGGAUGACAGGUUUGGAGCCUAUGUGGCUUGUGCCUCCCUAGUCUUCCUCUUCAUCUGCUUUGUUCAGAUCAUUAUCGUGCCACACUCUACGUUUAUGCUGGGUUUUUACCUGACCUGUUUCCUGAUCUUGACCACGGUGGUGUUUGUUUCCAUCAUUUACUCCUGUGUAAAGCUUUUCCCAGCACCACUCCAGACUCUUUCUAAGAAGAUUGUACAGUCCAGGACCAAUAGUACCUUAGUCGGAGUCUUUGCCAUUAUCCUGGUUUUUCUCUCUGCCUUUGUCAACAUGUUCAUGUGCAGCACAGUGGAUCUUGCCAGCUGCAUGGCUGCAGAAUACAACAUCACCCCUGACCAGGUGGACAUAUGCCUUAUCAGCAACCUGACUUCCAACUACAGCCUGGGCACAUUGCAGGGAUUCUGUGACAGUCCUUUGCCCAACUGCAACUUUCCAGAGUACUUUACCUACAGUGUCUUAUUGAGUCUCCUGGCCUGCUCUGUGUUCCUUCAGAUCAGCUGUAUUGGAAAACUGAUCCUUAUGUUAAUCAUUGAAUUUAUCUAUGUUCUCAUUGUGGAAGUGCCAGGGGUGAACCUUUUUGACAAUGCAGAUCUCCUGGUUACAGCUAACACCUACAUGUCAACAAAUUCAACGUUACCAUGCUCUCCAGCAAUGACACGAGUUGCACUGAAGAUCGUUACCCCUGUCAUCAUUACGGUCUUUGUCCUGGCACUGUACUUGCAUGCCCAGCAAGUGGAAUCCACUGCAAGGCUUGACUUCCUCUGGAAACUCCAGGCCACUGAAGAGAAAGAAGAGAUGGAGGAGCUGCAGGCCUAUAACAGACGCCUCCUCCACAACAUUUUGCCGAAGGAUGUGGCAGCCCAUUUCUUGGCUCAGGAGCGGCGCAAUGAUGAACUGUACUACCAGUCCUGUGAGUGCGUGGCUGUCAUGUUCGCCUCCAUCAGCAACUUCUCCGAGUUUUACGUGGAGCUGGAGGCCAACAAUGAGGGGGUGGAGUGUCUGAGGCUGCUCAAUGAGAUCAUCGCCGAUUUUGAUGAAAUAAUAAGUGAAGACCAAUUUCGGCAGCUGGAGAAGAUCAAAACAAUUGGCAGUACAUAUAUGGCUGCGUCAGGCCUCAACGACUCCACUUACGACAAGGAAGGGAAGACGCAUAUCAAAGCUCUGGCUGAUUUUGCCAUGAGGCUAAUGGACCAAAUGAAAUACAUUAAUGAACAUUCAUUCAACAACUUCCAGAUGAAGAUAGGCCUCAAUAUUGGUCCUGUGGUCGCUGGGGUGAUCGGGGCACGUAAGCCCCAGUAUGACAUAUGGGGAAACACAGUGAAUGUAGCCAGCCGAAUGGACAGCACAGGGGUGCCCGACAGGAUUCAGGUAACCACAGACAUGUACCAGGUUUUAGCAGCCAACAACUAUCAGCUGGAAUACCGAGGGGUCAUUAAGGUCAAAGGCAAAGGAGAAAUGACCACCUACUUCCUAAAUGAAGGGCCUCCAAUUAGUUAGCACUAACUGCAGCAUCGCUCAAAGAUGGAAUCUGCAUUGCAGAAGAUUGUGAAGAAUCACCUUUUGGCAGCGCAUCUAAAAUGUAAAGCGGUUGCAGUUUCACACAGAGACUCUUAGAGCUGGUAUCAGCAAACUCUUUGGCCACCUGUCCCCAAAGGCAACGGAGAGAAACCACCUGGGAUUUGCUCCUGGCUGAAUGCUAAACCGACCAAAGAUGUGUACUACAGCAUUCACAGAUGAGAUGUGAAUUUGGAGUUUUUACAAAGGCUGCUACUGCAGGAUGAUCUAAGAAGCUAUUUAAAUAUUUAUUGACGCAACACAACAUAUACUUGGUUGAAGGAAUGUAUGAUUCACUACAAAGCAUUGUUUUGGAAUGGAUUUGCACUCCCAUAACGUUUCCAUCCCAUACUGCCAGCUAUUUGAAGUGUACCACUGUGCUUUUAUUAGCUGUUUUGAAUGGGCUUUCAAAAUUGACACCCACUGUCGCAGCACACAAAAAGGCCUUUUAGAAUGGCGUCGUCGAUGUUUUAGUGCGAAAAGACGUUUCAGCCCCGGCCUUCUUUUCUCCCUUCUUUUACAUGGCUCAGUGACUGCUCUUCUGAGCAGGGCUGGCACAUCCUACGCUGGGGAAGACUGAAAUCAAGCAAGAAGGUUCUACAGACGUAUUUAUUAAGAAGUCUUCUGUGCUCAUCCUUGGUAUCUAUCAGUUUACAUGGGAAAGACUAAAUGUAAACAAGAGACACGUGGUGGGAGAGAACUCCCCUGAAAUCUGUUGUGGGUUGGUUCUUUUCUUUUUGUUGUUGUUAUUUUUUCGGUUGGGUUUUUGUUUUGUUUUUGUUUUUUUUUAUUUUAUUUUGUAAUAUUGAAAACAUGGAGAUCUAACAAAUACCAAAUUCUAUAUUUUGUAAAUGAUAUAUAAAUGAGAAGGCAGGCUGUCUGCACCAAGGUGUGGUGGGAGGUGUAAAUAACCUGUUAGACUUCGGUGUAAUUUGUUGUGCAUAAUACUCUGACCACAGACUUGGCAGUUUUCAGAUUAUCACUAUACAGUCCAACAACAGCAGGUGAGGUUCCGGGCUGAAUCAGAUGCAUUUUAAAAGGAAAAUCCAGAAAAAUCUGCAAUCCAACUCAGAAGAGGGAAAAAAAAAACAAAACAAAACAAACCCAACAAGGCACACAAUGCAGCGUUCACACAGAGGGUGGCAUCUUAACAAAUGGAAACAGGACUGACUUGAUGAGCUUUAGCUAAUGAGACGGUAUCUGUCAAGCACGGUAAAAAGCUCUGAGCAAACCUUCUAAUUAACUGUAAUGGGAGCUCUCAUGAGGAAAAAAAAAAAAGAAAUCUGAACUUCUAUUUGAAAAAAAGCAUUUUUCAGAGAUGGAUGAAUAGGAUCUGAUGCUAUGAGAGAUGUCUGAUAUUGUAACUGCCAUUUGACAUUGCGAAGAACGAUGUACUGCAGCAUAGAGCUGACUUUCCUGUAGUAAGCACUUAUUUAAACUGUCACAUAUUUUCCAUUUUCAGGAGUUAUUUAGCUGAUCUUCAAAAAGAGGCUUUGAUGGCAAAUGUGUGUAUGAGACGAGUGACCUUAAAAUACAGUGCCGUUGAUAUUGUGUCCGACAUCUUUAUCACUUAGCGGGGGUUUAUGAAUAGUUCACUGUUACCAUUUAUGUACCUUUUCUAGCUACGAAAGAAAAAAUCCCUUGAUAUUUUAUUAAAGAAAAGAUAAGAUUUUAAAAAGUUCUAUUUUUUAUAUUCUAUGAGGGGCGAGUUUUGAUAUUGAAUUUGGCUAGCGCUAAAAGUGGCUCCAAUCUUUUGACGUUUAAUAAAGUUCUUUUCCACUCUUCUCAGGGCAGAAUUAUUGUAGUACUAACAGCUUCAUGGUUGCACUGUGGUGGUAAUUUAUUUUUUUCCUACUUGACAACAAGAAUAAGUAAAAAUCCAUGGGUCUUUCUUAAUUAAGUUGCCAUAUUGCUAAGCAUAACCCUAGCAUUAAGCCAUUUAAGUGCGAAGCUUAAAUGGCACUGCCCCCUUCCUUCCCCUUCCACUAGGAAACAUCUCUGAAAAGUAUAGUAUAUUGACUUCUGUAAAACUGCCAAGUCUGCCCUUGUACUAUACUUUUGCUCCUUGACAUCCCUCCUGGUUCACAGAAUACUUACGUUGCAUCACACCAUCACGCAUUUCUUUCCCCCUUUCACCUUCCACCCCCUUGAUCCCCUCACUCAGCUCCAUUACCUCCGUGCCAUACACUCAUUUUUAGGUUUGCUUUCUGCUUUACAAACGUCUGCAGUCUUCUUAACUUUUGAUUCAUCUUACGAGGUCGUGUUGUCAAUGAAAUAUCAAGUCCCCAGUAUCUCUAGCUGUGAUUGUUGACAGUGUGUCAUGAUCAUUUCAAGGGGUAUUCACACACUCUUUACUCUGGAUCUUGCAAAAAUGGAUACAGUUAUGAUUUCCCAUGGAAAUUGAAAUCUAUUUAAGUAAUUUAACUAUAUUAAACACUGUUUCACUGGUAAA